AUGUGGCUGCAAUCGUCGCUUCGGGGUCUAGCCCUGAUCCAGGCCCUGGCGCUCCCCUCGAUCGUGGCAUCGCAGCAACCUUUUAUGCCGGCGGCAACGCCGUAUCCCGGACCGCCGCCCGAACUUGUCUCGUUACACGAGAAAAGGCAAAAUGGUUGCGUCGAGAACACUUUUAGCUGCGCGGACCGUGGUCCUCAGUUCAACAACAUCUGCUGCGGCAACGGGCUGGUCUGCUCACUCGAUGCGGCAAACCAGCCAGCGUGCUGUCCUCAAGGAGCGGUAUGCACAGGCACAGCACCAGCGAGCUUCCGACCGCCAGCCCCGAGCGCCUCCUUCGUCCCGAAUCAGUUCUUCCCCUUCGCGUACAUAACGACCAGCUUCUCCAACAAGGCGGCCUGCGAGACGGCGGUGUCGCAGUGCAGUCGAAACUACGAUGUCUGCACCUCGCAGCUCAACAACAACGGCCAAACCGGCGGCAAUGGUGUCACCAUCAUCGUGCCUGGAGGAUCAGGCACCACGAUCGGCGUCUCGAGGCAGAACCUGGGCCCGAGCUCGGCGACGAGCAUCUGCGGCUCACUGAGUAGCCAGGCCUGCUUUGGAAUCCAGCCGACCGUCUGCAGCAGCCAAGGCACUGUCAACAAUGGGCAGUUCUUCGUGGGGAGUGCCAAUGCCGUCCCGGCAAGGCCCACACCGCCUCCGGCGUUGCUUCUGGGCGUUGGGCUGGGAGUGAUGGGUAUUUUGUAA